AUGGCGCACACCUGCCGGGGCACAAUUCCCUUGGCAACAGCACACAUUGAGGUGGGUGACACCUGCCACCUGGUGUUAACCAGCGGAGGCCGAAGCUACCACCUAAAGGCCACCUCGGAGGGAGAGUGCCAGCGGUGGGUCUCAGCCCUGCAGCAAGCUAAGGCCAAUUCCUCUAUGCUGAUGCAUCACUCAGAUGACUCAGGAGAUGAAGGCCCUGUACCUCAGGACGACCGAGCCCUAACCCAAGGGGUGCUCAAGACUCUGGCCACCAAGCUAGACGACCUGAGCACCUGUAAUGAGCUGAUUGGAAAGCACGGCGCCGCCCUCCAGCGCUCCCUCAGCGAACUUGAGGAACUGCGUGGAUCCGCUGACAGCACAGACAGAGUGAAAGCUGUUAAUGAGCGAGCCACCCUCUUUCGCAUCACCUCCAAUGCUAUGAUCAAUGCUUGUCGUGACUUCCUGGACGUAGCUGAAUCUCACAGCCGGAGAUGGCAAAAGACCCUGCAGCAUGAGAGAGAACAGCGUCACCAUCUGGAGGAGACCAUUGAACAGUUAGCCAAACAGCACAACAGCUUAGAGAGAGCCUGGAGGGAGAAUCCUACCUCAUACACAGGUGUGGAGCGGUCUCAGGAGGGGGACGCGAGUGAUGAGAAUGACGACGCAGAGUUCUUUGAUGCCAUGGAGGACUCCCCUGCAUUCAUAACUGUGACUGCUAGUGGCAACAUACAGCACAAGCGCUCAGGGAGUAAUCAGAGUAUGAUGAGUGGAGGAAUGUCCAAUGACUGGACUCACAAUGAGAAUGACACCUCAGGCACAAACCACAUACAGCUACGAAGAACAAGACGCAGUCGUAUUCCUGACAAACCAAACUACUCCCUCAACCUGUGGAGCAUCAUGAAGAACUGUAUUGGCAAAGACCUGUCCAAGAUACCCAUGCCUGUAAACUUCAACGAGCCGUUGUCGAUGCUGCAGCGUCUGACGGAGGAUCUGGAGUACAGCGAGCUCCUGGACCGGGCAGCUCGCUGUGACUCCUCUCUGGAGCAGAUGUGCCUGGUGGCUGCCUUUUCUGUCUCCUCCUACUCUACCACAGUUCAUCGUACAGCCAAGCCCUUCAACCCUCUGCUGGGGGAGACUUACGAGCUGGACCGACUCGACGAGUAUGGUUAUCGCUCCAUCUGUGAGCAGGUCAGUCAUCACCCACCAGCUGCUGCCCACCAUGUGGCAUCACAACGAGGAUGGACGCUUUGGCAGCAUAUCACUAUUGAUAGCAAGUUUCGUGGGAAAUAUAUUUCCGUCAUGCCAUUAGGAAACAUUCACCUGCAGUUCCACUCAAGCGGAAACCAUUACGUGUGGAGCAAAGUGACGUCAACAGUGCAUAACAUUAUUGUGGGGAAACUUUGGAUUGAUCAGUCUGGGGACAUUGACAUUGUAAACAACACUACCAAGGACACCUGCCGUCUCAAAUUCUCCCCCUACAGCUAUUUUUCCAGAGAAGUCCCUCGCAAAGUGACAGGAGUGGUGGAGGACAGAGAGGGCACAGCCCAUUACAUCCUCUCAGGAACCUGGGACGACAAGAUGGAGAGUGCCAAAAUAGUGGACAGCAGCCAAGGAUGCGGAGGCUCUGAAGGCAAACAAAAGACCGUUUAUCAGACUCUUCCGCCCAAACUCUUAUGGAAAAAAUAUCCCCUCCCAGAAAAUGCAGAGAACAUGCACUAUUUCUCCUCCUUGGCUCUGACUCUCAAUGAGCCAGAGGACGGUAUUGCGCCCACUGACAGUCGUCUGCGGCCAGACCAGCGGCUAAUGGAGGCAGGUGUGUGGGAUGAAGCAAACGUAGAGAAGCAGCGUCUGGAGGAGUGUCAGAGGCUGGAGAGGAAAAGGAGGGAGGCGCAAGCCAAUCAGGCCCUGGAGGAAGGGCAAGACGUUGAGGGCUACCAGCCACUGUGGUUUGAGAAGAGGACAAAUGAUACAACGGGGGAAAGCACCUACAUCUACAGGGGCGGCUAUUGGGAGGCCAAAGACAGACAGGACUGGAGCCAAUGCCCUGAGAUCUUCUAGGACAAAAGCACCCCUUACACCACGGCAUCAGACAGGCUGAGUGGUUCCUCCUGAUGUAAGGACACUCUGUGAGUUACAGACAGUUGUUUGUGUGUGGAUGUGACUAUGUGAGUGAGCAAACCAGCCGUUGAAAGAAGCCGACACUCCCAGAAUUUCAAGCACAAAACAAGCUCCUGCUUCCACUUACUUCUCUUCUCUUCUGCUCUGUUAUAACUUGUGUUUUCAGGAUGCAUGGCCUCAGUUUGUGUGUGUGUGUGUUGUGUGUACGCUUAUUCAGCACCGUAGAGAACUGGUUUAUGAGAGUACAUAGAGUUCUUAUGUGUGUCUAUGUGUGUGUGUGGGGCUGAAAGAUUCAUAUAUGCUUUACACAGAAAGGAUUUCUGUACCAAAACACAUAUGUUUCAGUGAGUGAGUGAGUAACCUGGGAGCAAAGGAGUGCCGCGGAAGUUUUGGUACAAGCACUGAAUGUCUUGUUCUCCUCAAAGUUGGAACAACGUGUCCCUCAUGCUGAGCUCUGACAGAGACCCCAGGCUUUUUAAAGGACCGUAGCAGGACUGCACAUUCUUCUGCGCUUAAAGGAUUUUUCACAGAAGACCUUCAGUUAUUGAGCCCUCAGAUUCGGGGGGAUUUUUACUAUUCUGGUUCUCAAAAUUUCCCAAACUGUAUCUUGAAGAAUUCGCUGUUAUUGUCCAGCCUGACCGGCCUCUAACAAGCACGUACUCGGCCAUGAAAACCAAAGCAGAUGUCAUUCUCUUUGGAUGGACGACUGACUGAAUACACGUGCUGUUUUACAGACAACUGCUGCUUUCCACAUGAUUUUGAAAUGAUUUGUCUAUUUGCAUAAAAGGGGCACGCCACUUUUUACUAGCAUGAUGAUUACUACACAGCCUGUAAAACCAGUGCAUGUUUUCACAGGCUCUGGAGGAAUUUGUCGAGUCAGAGAAAAUUAUUUAAGUGACCUCACUUGAGUGAUAUCAGCUUGAAGUUGUGUCAACUGGAGGCGUACAGUUUCAAAAGUUUACAAAGCUGCAGGUUUUAACUAAAGACACCAUUUGAGUUGCAUUAUGAGAAAUGUAGGAUCCAGUAUUUUUGGAGCUUUACCCAUCCUAAGGACUGAAAAUCAGAAUAUCUCGACCUCUCCUGCAUCUAUUUUUGACCAUCUAUUAAAUUAUUCUCUUACAACUUGCCAAACUUAUGGAAAUUAUAGUUGCUGGAGUGCCACUUCAGAUAUCGCAAAACUGAAGUCCCACUGAAGUAUAAAUCUGCUUGGCCUGUGUGAUUUUCUUCAGCAAGGAAUUAUAUUGGUGCUCAAUGGUAAUUUUAGCCUUAACUAUGUAAUGAAGUAGUAAGUCCCCACUGGAUUCAGAGAUUCUGUACAUAUUAUAAACAUCCGGUACACUAAUUUUACAUGUAUCCUUCAGGGUGAAUUGUAAUAUCAGGGUUUAUCAUCUUGGUAAGUAGCAACAAACUUGUCUCCCCAAGUACAAACAGUAGAAAUGGCUAGCACUAUGAGUGGUUUUUAUCUUAAAACUGCUUUAUUUGGAUAUGGCAGCAAUAACACAACAGCACAGUCGCCUGAGAAGAAAGCAUUCCCAGGGCAGGGAGCUUCAUGCAGCACAAAAAGUAUGUUUUGGUAACAGUAGUCCAUUAGCUGAAUGAUAGUUAUGUAAAGAAAUCAGAUUUAUACACAUCAGUCAAGGACCAGAAAACUAUUAAAAAAGGCUUGGCAGUGUGUAUGGUAAGGAUGUACAUUAGUAGUAAAUAUACAUUCUAUAACCAAUAAUAUUUAUUUAUAGUUUUCAGUUUACUGUGAAUUAUAAUAGGGCAUGAUGCACACGUAGGAUUGCCUGAUUGCUUUCUGCCUGUACAUAGCAAGAAUAUACUAGAAAUAGAAUUGCCUCAUGUAUAAUCACUGUAAGAAAAUAUUGUUUCACAUUACUUGAACGUUCACAUUUUGGGCACUACUUAAACUUCAUCUGUGUAUACUUAAUCUUAAAUGGAGUCAAGAUUGUAUACCAGUUAAUUAGAUGUUGGGGAGAUUAAAUUAUGACUACAUGUUUAUAAGAUCUAUAUAAUACUGACGAUGCAAAUAAGGUGUUGUUCAAAUAAAGCACAAUGUUAUGUUUUCCUGCAGGUAUUGAUACAUGCUACAUAAUCUCAAAGGUUUUCAUGGCAACAUAUAGCUAUGCAUGGUUUAAAUUGUCCGUGGACUCUUACUGAAACAUGAUGUGAACUCACCUUUUGUGCCCAAUGACCUCAAAAAUGUUACAUUUUUGAGCUCCAAUAAAAACAUAAAGCU